AUGGAAGGAAGGAAGGCUGAGGACAACGUCUGGUUGGAAACGGAAGGUGCUCCCGCCUGCUGGAGAUUUGGAGAAUCCAACCGCCCCGUCUUGGACCGUAUCCAAAAGCUUCGUAUCGUCGUCGACAUAAAAGAACUUAGCAGGUAUUGCACGGAUGACGCAAAACCCAGUAAGUGGGAGGAGAGGGGUCAGCAGCUACUGGAGGAAAUGGAGCGGUUAGGACAAAACCUUACAAGACCUAUGGCGGGUCUGCCAACCUUGAAGGGGCUGGAUGUUCGGAUAGAGACCCACCCGGAUUUGCCCGCCACGCCCAAACUUCCAGAUGUUUUAGAUCACGUGUUGGCGUCGGAGACUUGCUCGAUGCUUCGAUCUUUUUCUUGUUGCCAGUUGUCUGAAUUGAUCCGUCCAGGGUCUCCGGGACGUAUGGAAGUUUACAUCAACGGAAUGUUGAAGGUCCGUGAACCUGGCUCAGAAAAUCUAAUUGUCGCUGUUGUUUCAAGCUGCUCUCAGGUUCGGAAUCUUUCGAUCCCCAGCCUGGCACUGCUCUACAAGAACCUCAAAUUCCAUCGCGUGCACAAGGGCUGGGAGAAGCCAUUAGUUGCAAGGGGCAUAAAUACUAUUCAUGAGGCCGAAAAGAUUGCCUCCAUAAAGAGGAUAGCCCCUAAUGGAGGCCUUGAACUGGAAUUCCAUUGGUGGAGAGCAUAG